AUGGACAAUCUUGCACCGGUUUCAGACUUUGACCCCAAAGAGUUGCCGGAAGGCUUUACAGCGGCCGGGAACAAUAGUGGCGCGUCACAAGAAAAGCAACAGCAACAAGCACAGAAGCAAGCUAUUUUGGAACAAGCGCUAACGCCGGAAGCGCUGGCAAGACUAGGCCGCAUUAAACUCGUCAAAGCCCAAAAGGUGGCUCAGCUCGAGAAUACUAUAGUCAGCAUGGCCAUGUCGGGGAAACUUCCCGGCCAGAUCAGUGAAGGAAAAUUGAUCGAAAUGCUGGAACGGGGCAGUGCAAAAGCAGCGAGUAUAAAUGCUUCAAGUGGUGCCAUUAAAAUUCAACGAAAAAAAUACGCGUUCGAUUCAGAUGACGACGACGAUGACGAAGAUCUCAUGUAG